GCCCAUGAGGUGAUACUGAUUAAUGUGUGCCCAACCCAUUAAGAUUUACAAAGCCCACAAACCUUUCAAGAUUCCAAUUCCCCCUACCUUGCGUCUUUCUUCCCUUCCGCUGCAACCAAUGUGCAGACACAUCUUCGCCCUCAAAUGGAUUGGUAACUCGAACUUAAUCGUUACAUGGAUGAUGAUACGAUCAACAUGCAUCCUCCAGCAACAAGCCCCAGAUCACUUCAUCAACAAAUUCAAAUAUUUCUCUUCAUUUCUCCUCCAUUACUCUGUGCCUCCUUCUUCACCCAUUGAAGAAACGGGAGAAGAUUCCGCAUCUCAUUUACUCUCUCUCCUCUCGCUACCCAAUUGGCAGAAAAACCCACGUCUCAAAACCCUAAUCCCAUCGAUUUCCCCAUCACAUAUCACCUCUCUUUUCAACGAUAACCCUAACUUGAAGCCACAAACAGCUCUUUCAUUUUUCAAUAUCUUGUCACAGAGAUCUAAUUUUAGACCUAGUGUUGAGUCUUUUGCAUCACUGCUUACGAUACUGAUCAAGAAUCGAUUUUUAAAUGUGGCUGAAAAGAUCCGGAUUUCGAUGGUGAAGGCUUGCGAAACGGACGACGAUGCGAGGUUUGUUUUGGGGUUUCUGAGAAAAAUGAAUGCUGAUGAUGAUGAAGAAUUUGAAUGCAAAUUUAAGCUCAGUAUUAGAUGUUAUAAUACAUUGUUAAUGUGUUUAUCAAGGUUUUCGAUGAUUGACGAUAUGAAAUAUGUGUUUCUAGAGAUGUUAGAUGAUAAAAUCAUGCCGAAUAUUUACACUUAUAACUCCAUGGUGAACGGAUACUGUAAAUUGGGGAAAGUUGAUGCAGCUGGCCUGUAUGUUACCAAGAUUGCUCAAGCGGGGCUUAGUCCUGAUACUCAUACUUAUACAUCCUUGAUUCUAGGCCAUUGCAGGAAUAAAGAUGUCGAUAGCGCACACAAGGUGUUCGAUGUAAUGCCUAAGAAAGGGUGUUGCAGAAACGAGGUUUCUUAUACCAAUUUAAUUCAUGGGUUUUGUGAAGAAAGUCGUAUUGACGAAGCUCUGAAGUUAUUUCACCAAAUGGGAGAUGAUAAUUGCUUCCCUACAGUCCGUACAUUUACUGUUUUGAUUUCUGCAUUAAGUAAGUCAGGUAGAACAGCAGAAGCAUGGGCUUUAUAUAGCAAAAUGAGUGAGAAAAGUUGUGAGCCGAAUGCCCAUACUUACACUGUUCUCAUAGAUGCAAUGUGUAAAGAGAAAAAGUUGAAUGACGCACGAAAGUUAUUAUAUGUAAUGGAAGCUAAAGGAGUGGAGGGUACUGUUGUGACAUAUAAUGCUUUGAUUGAUGGGUUUUGUAAGGAAGGAAAGGUCGAGAGUGCAUUCGAGAUGCUUAAAAGAAUGGAAAAGAAAAGGUUAAAACCAAAUGUCCGGACAUACAACGGGUUGAUUGGUGGGUAUUGUAAAGGUGAUAACAUUCACAAGGCAAUGGCAUUGCUUGAUAAGAUGAUGAAGAUGAAACUUUCACCUACUGUUAUCACCUACAACUUGCUAAUCAAUGGACAAUGUAAGCAUAAUCAUGUUGAUAGUGCUUAUCGGUUAAUCGGUUUGAUGAAAGAAAAUGGUGUUGCUCCUGAUGAAUGGACUUAUAGUUCCCUAAUUGAGGCUUUAUGUAAACGAGGGAGCGUAGAAGAAGCUCAUUUGUUGCUUAAAGAAAAGGGCAUAAAAGCCAAUGAAGUUACCUACACAACUCUUAUAAACGGGUAUUUCCAAAUCGGGAAAGCGGAUCUUAGCAUGGGUCUGUUUAAAGAAAUGUUGACCAAUGAUUUCUCACCGAAUUCUUGGACGUAUAAUGUGCUGAUUCAUGGAUUAUGUAAAGAAGAUAAGAUUCAAGAAGCUUUAAUGUUAAUCGGGAAGAUGAUCAAGAUAGGUUUUGAAGUGGAAAUCACUACUUACACAAUCUUUAUCGAACAUUUGUUAAAAAGUUUCGAUUUUUUUGAAGCCCAUAAGCUGUUCAACCAAUUGGGUGCUUCUGGAUUGAAGCCCGAUGUUUGUACAUACACUUCUUUUAUACUUGCAUAUUGUACUCAAGGAAUGAUAAAAGAAGCAGAAGAUAUGAUGAAUGAAAUGAUUCAAAAAGGUGUCAAACCAGACACCGCCACAUAUACGGUUUUCAUAGACGCGUAUAGCCACGCGGGACAGAUAAACUGUGGUUUUGAUUUCUUAAAACGUAUGAUGGAUGCUGGAUGUGAGCCUUCACAACAUACAUACGCAAUAAUCUUGAAGCAUCUUUUGAGGAAAAACUACAAGUCAAACACCGGAAUCGACAAUGUCAUUCCGGUGAACACCGUGUGGAAGAUAAUGGAAUUCGAUGAUGCAAUCGAGCUGUUUUCGGAAAUGGUCAAACGGGGUUGUGAAUUGAAAGUCAACACGUUCGAUGCGUUGACCAAGGGGUUGUGUAAAGAAAGGCGGUUGGAAGAAUCUUUAAAGUUGGUGAAUCAUAUGUUGACAAACGGGAUUUCUCCAAAUGAAAGUAUAUACACGUCUUUGGUGAAUUGUUCGUGUUACUUGAAAAUGUUUGAUAAAGCAUUGAGUUUAGUGAACAACAUGGUUGAAAACGGGAUUUUGGUAGAUUUAGAGUCGUAUAAGUUGCUUAUUUGUGGGUUAUAUGAGGAAGGAAAGCAUGAGAAGGGUGAGGAAGUGUUUUGUAGUUUGCUUGAUGGGUAUAAUUCGGAUGAGGUUGUUUGGACAAUUCUUCUUGAUGGGUUACUUAAACGAGGUUUGGUUAAAAGGUAUUUUGAGCUUGUGGGUGUUAUGGAGGAGAAAGGCUGUCAUCUUAAUCGAUAUACUUAUCAAAUGUUAGUUGACCAAAUGGGUGUUUAAAUAUAAAUACUUACAAUAAGAUCAUCAUGCAUAUUGGGAUCUUUGGGAAGAAAAUAUGAUCUAGGGUUCUUUUUUGUAAGAAGAAAUUGACUGGGACUGGGACCCACACAAUGGAGAUUGAAGGUUCAUGGUUUAUACGAUCAUUAUUCUUUAAAGCUUGUCCAUUUUCAGAUGAAGGUAAAUCGGUGAACAUGGGAAACUGGGUUUCUUUGUUCCAAAAUAUUGACAAAGAUUUUUGAGGUUAGAGUUUGUUAGUUAGAUGCGGCUGGCUGGCUAUACAUAAUUUUGUGAAUUGAAAUGGGAAUCAUUUUAACGCUGCUUAAUCUGAUUGUAGAUUUGCUUUGUCUUUUAUGAAAUAUAAGAUGUAUAAAAUUCAACACAAACUAGUAGGUAGAUUGGAAAUAGAUCUCUUGCAUUUGUAGUGCAAUUCUACCAGAUUGCUGCAUGAAUUUCGUUAUUUUGAUGAUAACUGGAUUGAAAUGAUUUGAUUGAUGUUAUGAGGAAACAAAGUUGUUAGUGAUA